CGGCCCCGCUCGUCCUCCUUUCCCGGGGACGGGGGAGCCCGCGGCAGCCCGCGCCGAGAGCAGGAGGGAGCGGAGGGCGGCGGAGGCCGGGGAGGGGGCCCGGCCCCGCUCCUCCUGCCCCUUCCGCUGCUCCGCCUUUCUGCCCUCCGCGCUCCCUCUCUCCGCUCCCGGCCCGGGGCGCGCCGGGCUCGGCCUCUCCCGGCGCUGGCAGAGCCCAUGCCGCUGCCUGCCAGCCCGGGCCGCGCCCGCUUCCCCCCGCGGACCCGCAGGCGGCCGGCGGCCCGCACCCCACCGCGCGGCCGGAGCGCAGGCCGCAGGGCCGGAGGAGGGCCGCGCCGCGCGGCGGGAUGGAGGCGGCGCCCGAGGCGGCGGCGGCCCGGCCCGCGGGCGGCGGCCCCCAAGGGACCCAAAUAGGGAGCAGAACAGCCAGCUCCAUGGAGAUGACCUCAGCUGUGGAGAGAAGUGGCCAUGAGCCACAGCUGCAUAAUGGACACCUUCCAAGACCCUGGUCCUGCUCUCUGGAAGACCGAACCCCCAGCCUGAUGGCCCCCCAGCAUGGCAGGGCAUGGGGCAUGCAGCUCCAAGGCCCCUCUGUGCUGGAGUCCAAAGUGAGGGCCUUGAAGGAAAAAAUGUCCACAGGCAAACAGGGGGUGAGCCCCUGCCUCACUUCUCAUGAGCGGCCGUCCAAGAAACCCAAAUUCAGGCGAGUCAAGGGGGGCGCACCUGAGAUUCUGUCAGAGCAGCCUUCCUUGCCCGAUGCGGAGGAGGUCCUCCCUACUCCGAAUCCACCCGAUGGGCAGCUGGACAGCGGUAUCAACAAGGAGGAACCUGCCCAGAACGGCGGUCCCAGACCUCCCAGGCCACCUUCUAAUGGGCUGGAGUGCUGGAACGGGAGGAGCCCGUGGCCUCCAGAAGCAGUACAGGCCUUGCCGGACAAUGAGGGGAGUCUGCCGCCAGGGUCUGGCUCUUUGCAAGAGAACUUUGUUCACGGAGUCACCCUGGGCCGGCCUGGGGGCCCUGGGCCUUGUGACAAGGUCGCCCACGUGCCCAACCUGAGGAAAGGAAGGUCCUACGCCCUUCAGGAUGGUCUAGGUUCAGGCAGAGACCUGGACAGCUUGUCUCUGACCUGCGAGGAGGACUUUGCUUCCAGGCCAGCCCUCCUGGGGGGGCUCUGGCGAGCUGCAGAGCUGGGGGCUCUGGGCACCGGGGGCAGUGCCUUAUCCCUGUCUGACCAGGUGGAGAUGAACCGCCUUCUGCUGCAAGAGAUGUUAAAUGUUGGGGGUCAAGUCCCGCCCAGGGUGGGAAUCCCAGCCUGGACUCCAUCCUGGGACAGACGCCCACCAGAGCGGCCAGCAGGGGACGUGGACUGGGACUCAGGUGUCUCCCUCCAGGACUCAGAUCAGAGCAGGACCUUUGGUCCCAAGCCGGAGUCUGUGCUGAGCCCCAGGCAUGAGGAAGCCAAGCAUCUGCUGCAGCGAGCCCGCAUGAAGGCCCGGACGCGGCCCCUCCGUGCCAGCCAUGAGAUCGUGCCCGCCGUUGCCCAGGGUGGCCGAGACGGCCGGAGAAGCCCAGCCCCGGACGCGAGGAUGCCCUUUGCCUGCAGAGACACGCCGCAGAACGGGAACACGAGCGACUCCUCCAGCGGGGAGUCAAGCAGCGGGCAGUGGCCGAAGCGGGGCGCCUCCCCGUCCCGCGUGCGCUUCGAGGACGAGUCAGCCCGCGACGCCGAGUCCCGCUACCUGGAGCGGCUGCGGCAGCGCCCAGCGCGGGGUGGCGCGGGGCACUCGGCGGCGCAGGGCCCCCUGCGCUCCAAGCCCGAGCUCGCCCACUACGUCCGCGGGGGCUUCGCGCGCACCGACGCCGGCGAGGGCGCGCUCUGCCGGCUCGUGGGGCGGCUGGAGCAGAGGGGCUUCCCUGUGCCGCCCGCGCGGGGCAGCGACAGGAAGUGCCAGGCCUGCGGCAGCUGCCUCGACAACAGGCGCCCCGGCGCGGACCCCAGGGCCCUCCGGGAGCGCGAGGGGGCGGGUGGCGGGCCGGGGGUGCGGGCGGAGCCCCUCAGCGCUCGGGGCUCGAGCCCCCCCUUCAGGCCCCUCCCUGCCGAACCGGGGGGCCACACCGAGUGGAUCCGGGAAACGCACAUCGGAGACGUGGUGUGUCCCGGGGAGGCGGACUCGGCGCUGGACAGCACGGACACCUCCGACAGCUGCAGGACCGACAGCGAGGAGGCUGGGACCUCGCAGCCCAGCAGGGCUCGGGGCCCGGCCCGCAGCAACAGCCCCCGUCCGCGGAGCUCCAGGCCCCGAGGAGGCCCCAGGUGGUUCCGGAAGGUCGGAUCGGAGCUGCCAGGGAGCCCUCAGGCCCCUCACUACCUGCCGGUGGUUGAGCACAUGGAGGGCGUCGCGGAGGUGACAGAAGGCAGAGGACACCUGCCCGAGGGGACUCGGUUUCCCAGAGAAGAUGCUUGCGCCAAGCCGCCUACCCUGGAAUCCAAAAAAGCUUCUCUGGGCUCCCAGCAGCUGCCUGGACCAGGGCUGGGAAACCACUGGGUCCACGCUGUGGAUUCCCGGGCUCUGAGCAGGACAGCCUAUCUCCUGACCCCUUCCACGAAGCUGGGGUCCUCGGUGCCAGGCAGACAAGCCCUGGAUGGAGGAAGCCAUGAGUCUCUCCAGACCGUCUCUGCUUCCUCCCUGCAACAGAGUCCCGCAGAGCCCUCUGCCCUGCACCAGGCCCAGAAGCCGACUUCCUUCUCCACCGAAGGCUGGGUACCAACCCCUCCAUCUUCAAGGAAAACCACUUCACCUGUGUCUCGCAGGAAGGCAGCCCUGGCUAGGCCCUGCAGGCAGAGAGAGCCUGUGGACCCGCCUCUGCCUCCUCCGAGAAGUGGAGUUCCCAGGACCUGUGAGCUCUCCCCUGCCCAGACCCAGCCCUGCAGCCCUCCAGUCAGGCAUCCUCUGCUGGCCCUGUCCACCAACAACUGCAACAACAGCACGCCUCUGAGGCUGCAGGAGUCCCCUGGAGGGGCUGGCCUCGAGGGCAAGGUAGAGGAGGGCCCCUGCAGCCAGGAGCUGCCCCCAGAGAACAGCAGCAGCCACGGAGGAGUGCAGGGCUUUCCCGACCCCGCAGCUGCUGGCACGGUCAGUUCCGUGAGCAUCACCCUCUCCCUGGCCUCGGAGGAGCCAGAGUCCAGCCAGGAGCCAGAGGGAGGUCUGCAGAGGCCAGAGAUGAGUCCUGGAGGGCAGGUGCCAUCCCGAGCAUCCCUGGGGGUGAGCGCGCGACCUGGGCCGCACUCUGCCGCCCCUUCUGACAGGAGCAAGAAAAGCAGCACCAGCCUGGCCUCCACCCUGGGGCUGAAAAAGCUCUUCCAGGUCCUUGGCCACGGCGCCAGGCCCAAGCUGGGCAAGGCCCGCAGCCAUAGUGUGGAGCAGCUUCAGCCCCCUGCGCCGGGCCCGGCGCCCCACACCAGCACCCCCAGAGUGAAGAAGGCCCCGUCGUUACAGUCCCUGCAUCUGGUGUCGCCGUCCCACCAACAUCGGAAAGCUGCCUCCUUUCAGAACCUCCAUUCUCUGCUGAGUGGCAAGGGAGACCGGUCCAGCCUCUACAUGGUAGGGGAGUCAGGGGACCACAGUGCAGCUGGCCGAGUAGCCAAGGCCUCACCCCGGCGUGCCCUCAGUGUGGAGGACGUGAGCACCCCCAGCCAGACGCGCAUGGUGGGCCGCGUGGUAGAGGUGUUCCCAGAUGGCACAACCCAGCUGCAGCUACAACGCUCCCCAGAGGGCUCUUUUGGCUUCUGCGUGGCCUCCGGGGAUGGGCGCCGCGACACAGGUGGUGCCCUGCUCCUGCUGCUGCUGUUGGCCUUUGGACAUCUCUCAGAGACCCCCAGGCACGCGGGACGUGACUGGUGCUGGUGCCUGCAGGCCACAGACUGUCCUCUGACAGCCAGGGGUCGCUUCUGCUGGGCCUCAGGGGGGCCGUGAGCUGGGGCCGGUCUGCAUUCCUCGCCAGAACAUCAAGGUGCUGGGGUUAACUUGCUGGCUGUCACACCGGAGAGCCCGUGAGAACAGCAGGCUUGGCCUGCUUCUGAGUGCCACACAGAGAUCAGACGUGCCUAACACAGGCCAUUUCCAGCAAACAAUAAAUACCUACGACAGCCAUUCUCCGUCCUAUUUUUGUCAUGACGUUCUGUGCUGAAGCCUCCCCCGGGGUCUCCCCAGAAUGACUGGCACGACAUGUCCAGCCCUGGCUACGUGCUUUUGGAGUUUCUCAUGGCUCCCCACAUGCACCUCCUGCUUACAGCGGCCAUUUCUGUAGGCCCACCCCUCCCCCUCCUGACCGGCCCUCUCUCUGUGCCCAACAUGCAGACGGGGCAAGUAAGCAGUUAGAGCCUCCGGAAGGAAGGGGACAGAGAGAGGCCGGGGGUUGAGAGAAAGGCCUUGAGCCCCUGAGAUGGUCGGGAUCCCUCAUCAGGAGGGAGGCAGCCUAGCGGCCAAGGCUCUGCUUGGCUGAGAAGCCCCCGCGCUGGGAGAGUUCCACAAGUCAGACCCAGGACAGGCUGUGUCAGAGGCUGCUUUGGCUGGACUCUGAGCGACUGACCUUCAGGCGCCUUGAGGGAGAGUUCAGUGCUUCCAGACCCCCAUUUCAGAGGGUGGCUCUGCAAGGCUUGCUGGAAGCUGGGCCGAACAAAGCUCGUGUGGGGCCAGUGGCGGAGGUGGGGGAGAGUAGAGGCAGGACAUCCCACUACGGUUCAAGUGUUUUAAAUGCCCUCAGGCCGGAGACGGAGCCACUAGAGGAGAGGCCCCUGCAGGCCCUUUCUAAGGAAGCGGAUUCUAGGAUGCAGAAGUAGAGUGGAGUGUGCGGCCUGGGCUGGGGAGCUGCGAGGUCAUCUCAGGCAGCGCUGAGUGACCCCCCUGAAUUCUGCACAUCGUCCACAGCCUGGCCUUGUGCUCUCAGAUCACCCGUGUUCACUCAGUGUGUGAGGGGGUGCGGGCUGGUGCCCAGCUUUCCCCGGAAGACUCUUCGCUCUCUUAACUGAAGGGGAGUCUGGAAGGUUUUCAGAGGAAGUUGAGGUGAGAGGGGUCCCUCAGCAGGACUGGCCUGCACUGUGCACCCAGGAGAGUCCCGGGGAGCUCAGGCUCACCAGCCUCAAGGCCCCACAGAGUCUGCUCCUCUGGCGUGGGCUCCCCGAGUCGGACCUAGGGAAAGGGGAAGAAGUGGGUUCUGCCUAGACUCACUCUGCACCCAAGAGACCCGGGGACGGUCACACAGGCCAGGCAGGGCCUUCCGAGGGGCAGUGUGUGGGGGACAAGAUGUGUGUGAAUAAGGGACAAAUGAGCCAGCAUGGUUUUUUUUAAAUAGGGUGUGGAAUUUCUAUGUUUCCUGGGCUUUUGCCCGGAUGCUUCCAAAUCCCAGAGAGGAAUCACUCUGAGGAAAACUGAGGCCAAGGCUGGUCCUAACAGGAAUACGAAGCAAACCAGGUUUGGGUUGACCUCAGCCACGUUCCUCACUCCAGUGAUACCUUCCCACGGCCCCACCUACCUGGAGGCAGCAACUGGAUGGUAUUUGUGAAUCCCAACCAGUGGCGGGCGUGAAGUUGGUCUUUUUCUUAACUUUUAAACAUCAGUUUCCUUCCUAGUCUACAAUCAAAGCUCACCUCAGGAAAAUGUAAGAUUACCUCAUUCACACUGGGGUAUACACAAAUAACAGCUUAGAGCAUUAUUAGCUGAAAGUGUUCUUUCAUUAAAGCCUUAUUUGUGCAGCUUUUUAAAAGAGAAAAAAGAAAUGUUACCCUCAGGUAUCAUUUCACACUGUAUCUAUGUAGAAAGCCAGUUGUGGUUGUGAGGUAGACUAAUGAGGUGUGUACCUGUCUGUGUGUGUGUGCGCACGCGCGUGUACACGCAUGGAGCAGUGCGCUGUAUGAGCACCUGCACCCCCCCACCGCCGCCUGGGACAACGCCCACCUGGUCAGGGUCCCACAGAGCUGCCUCUUUGGAUUUCAUGUGCUCAGUUGU